AUGGUGUACUUGCAUGUAUGUUUGUUGCAUGGAUCUCAGUCAGCUUUGGCGUUGGUAGACCGUGGAAGCAGUUAUAUAAACCUUGUAAACAUGAUUAUGUCAGAGUUCAGUUUGGAUCCGACAAAGGUAGCAGUAUCAUUGAAGUAUAUACUCAACGACGAUUUGCCUGCAAUCAGGAUAAAAAAUGACAGCAACGUGCUUGCAUACAUUCUGUUGAAAGAAGUCAAUCAUGAUCCAGCUAAAUACCCAUUAAUCAUUGACAUAAUUGAUGCAGCAAUACAGUACCCAUCUGACAUGGUCACAGAUAAUGCUUAUCGUAACAGUGAGCUUUAUACGUUGCAGGAUGUGGCCACAGAAAUUUGCGAAGCAUCAAGUCAACAUUUAGGUCACAUUUGUGAUAAUGAAGUCACGAUUGUUUCUAUAGCAGAUGCUAUUCAGGUCGAAGAAGGCAGGAUUUUCCGUGAUAAGGAUAUUUUAAAAUUGAGCCUAUCGUUUUUUGCCAUACGAAACAUGUUUGAGUUUAUGGUUGAACGAUCCGACAAGAAAGAAUAUGUGUCACACAUGUGCAUCAAAUGUGGUGUUGGGGAUGUGGUGUUGGGGUCACACAGACAAGUAUCAGCUGCAGUUGUGUCAUCUAGCAUCAAGUAUAAGUACACAUCGGCUGGCACCAUAUACACACCAAAGGACAUAUACAGUGAUAUGCUACAUACGUUUGGAGUAUAUUUGAAUUACUCGAAAGCUUGGAGGUCCCGUGAACAAACAUUGAAGAUGAUUAGGGAUGAUCCGACGGAAUCAUUCGGUAGGAUACCAAGCUUCUUCUACAUGAUUCGACAAAGAAAUCCUGGUACGGUCACAGAGUUGGAGGUCGAUAGUCAAAAUAGGUUCAAGUACUGUUUUAUGGCACUCGGUGCAUCAAUACAAGGGUGGCAACAUUGUAGGCCCGUAAUUGUCGUUGACGGUACUUAUUUGAAUGGUCAUGACGGAGGUACCCUAUUCACAGCAUGUACACAGGAUGCAAAUAAUGGCAUAUUUGUUCUUGCCUUUGGAGUAGGGGAUAAUGAGAACGACAAAUCGUGGAGAUGGUUUUUGGAGAAACUGAAGAAUGCAUAUGGGCACAGAGAAGGAUUGUGUUUUGUAUCGGACCGUCAUGGCAGUAUAAAGAAAGCAAUAAAACAGGUGUACCCGGAAAGUUGCCAUGGUAUCUGCUCGUACCAUUUGCUGCAGAAUCUCAAAUCAUAUUAUGGGAAAUCAGGGCAAAAUAUUACGCAGGCUUUCAAUUCGGCUGUCCGGGCUUACACAUUAGAAGAAUUUGAAUACAACAUGCAACAACUAGACGCAAUGAAUGAUAAGAUUCGUGAUUACCUGGAUGAAGUAGGCCCUGAAAAGUGGUCACGAAUACAUAUGCCGGCAAACAGAUACUCUACAAUGACAUCAAACAUUGUAGAAUCAGUAAAUGCGGUCACAAAGGCAGCUAAGAAUUACCCCAUUGUAUUCUUGCUGGAGUCAUUGCGACAAACAGUACAAAAUUGGUUCUGUAAACAUAGAGACGAAGCGCAUGGAACUUUCACGAUGCUGACUAGCAAGUUCGAGAACGUCAUGAGGAGAAUGAGUUCAGAAUUAAGGAACUUGAGGAAAUAUGCAUGUGAUUAUAUCAUAGGUGUCUGUGACAUGGAAUAUAUGAAUGUCUGUGACCUAUUCUUUUUUGAGUUUAAACUAACACAUAACAUUGGUGCUAUUACACUCUCACAGGUUUCUCCUUCCAACCAAACAGUGUUCUCUGUGAGCGAUGAAAGGUCCACAUUUGUUGUUGAUAUUGAGCAACGUACAUGCACUUGCAGGAUGCUACAGGUCGAUUUGAUGCCUUGUCCACAUGCAUUAGCUGUAAUCGCACAUACAAAAAGGGAUGCAUAUUCUUAUUGUUCCUAUUAUUACACAAAGGAAGCAUAUGUAAAUGCUUACGAAAGUUCGGUAUAUCCCGUUGGAAAUCCAGGCGAGUGGAGAGUGCCCGAUGAAGUAGAAUUCCAAAUUGUUUUAGCUCCUAACCAAAAGCGGAGUUCUGGAAGACCUACUGAGAAGAGGAAGAGAUCAUCUAGGGAAGGGAAGCCAAAAGUAAGAUGUGGACGUUGUGGUGCACAUGGUCACAACCGCAGAAGGUGCUCAAGUUUGGUCCCAUUAAGUAAGAACGGUUGA